AUAUAUCUUAGUAUCGAUGUACAUCGCGUACAUGUGUCAUAUGGUCUAGUGAUUGCCGUCUUGGGCAUUGCUUGGACAUCGAUCACUGUGGUUGCGCUUCCAGUUUGUGGCAGUGCAUCCCGACAUGUCUAUUUCCAAGGCUGAGGAAUCGUUCUUACGAACAUCAAUCCUUUCAACCCCACCGAGCCGAGCCGAUGGACGGCUACUGAACGAAUUUAGAAUGAUAGCUGUCAAUCGGGAGGCGGUAUUUGGACGCGUCAAUCUUGGAGGGACCGAUGUCAUUGCUGCGGUCAAACUAGAAGUCGAAAACAUUGGUCCCACAGGGGACGGUGCAGAAGGGGAAGGAAGAGAUGGGGGGAGGGUUGCCUGCGCGAUAAUAUGUGCACAGUCAGCGUACCCUCACAAAUCUCCACAAGCCUUGGACGAGGCGUCCGCAGAUCUGACAGCUUUAUUUACCCCUAUCCUCGCUUCCUCCCUCACACCGUCCUCUCAACUCACCAUUGUGCCGCACAAAAGAAGUUGGCUCCUCGGAAUUGAGGCGAUCAUUCUCGCCGAUGACGGGAAUGCUAUAGACGCAGUUAUGGUUGCAAUACGAGCUGCCUUAUGGGAUCUUCGUAUUCCACGGACGAAGGGGGUGCAGUAUGUUUCAAGACCAACCUACUCCGGGACGUACACAGCGUCUGCCGAUGCAAUAAAGGGAAUAUUAACAGAAGGGAAACGUGUCGAUCCUGCCGACUUCGAGUUGGAAGACUCAUAUGACGAGGGAAACCCGCUUGAAAGGAGGGAUGAGUUACCUGUGUGCGUCACCUUGAAUCUGAUUGGAUCGACGUACUUCCUUGAUGCAUCUGCUAGAGAAGCCGAUGGUGUGCAGGACAGGCUUUCCUUGUUCUAUUCCUUCUCUAAAUCGGCUUCACUCAACGGAGUUUCUCACGGGAUGCAUUACUCUGGACCCAGUGAGCUCAAGUUUGGGGACGUUGGUCCUUUAAUACAGUCAGGGGAAAAACAUGCUAGCGAACUGUCAGCAGCUCUUAAUUCUAUGUUCAGAGCUGAGGACGUUAAAAAUGCGGCUGCUUUGCGACGGUGACCUUUUAACAGGAGCACAGUAUGAUGCGCUUUAAAAUACCCUUUCGGAGAGUCUCGU